AUGGCAAAUAGGACUGAUCCUACUGCCCAUUUAAUACAUGGCACGAACCCCCAGUUUUUAUUUAGUAAGAUUCUUAGGGAUAAGGUUUAUAACUCCUUCUAUUGGAAGGAAAGCUGUUUUGGCUUAACUGCCGAAUCGCUCAUUGAUAAAGCUGUUCAGAUAAAGUAUGUUGGAGGUACUUUUGGGGGUAAUCGACAGCCCUCACCUUUUAUUUGCCUUGUGCUUAAAAUGCUUCAAAUACAGCCUGAAAUGGAGAUCGUCCACGAGUACAUUAAAAACGAAGAUUACAAAUACUUAAGGGCUCUAGGCAUUUAUUACAUGAGACUAGUUGGCACUGCCGUUGAAGUGUAUAGGACCCUGGAGCCUUUUCUCGCUGAUUAUCGCAAACUUAGGUUCAGAAACAUUGACGGGAGCUAUGUGAUCAAGUAUAUGGACGAAUUCGUCGACGAUUGCCUGACGAACUCAACGUACUUGGACGUCGACCUCCCUCCCCUUUCCAAAAGAAUGAACCUUGAGGCAACCAAGGUCCUUCCCCCCAGGAAAUCUCUACUAAAUAUCGUAAAAACUAAAGACGAGACUUAA